AUGCGUCCUCAUUAUGCUAGUAGUAUUGCAAGUAUACCACCCCCAAAAUAAUAAUAGUAUUUUGAAGGCAAUCGAAAGGGAGAAGUCAACGAAUUGAAAAUAUUGGUUAAGAACACCCUAAGCGAGAAGGAUGACAAAAAGAAGCGAGAAGUAGUCAAAAAGGUUAUAGCCUACAUGACCUCAGGAAUCGAUGUUUCCAAAAUAUUCCCUGAAAUGUGCAUGGCUUCCUACACUAAUGACAUGGUCCAAAAGAAGAUGAUCUACUUGUAUCUCACUACCUACGCCGAACAAAACAAAGAUUUGGCAUUCAUGGCAAUAAGCACAUUCUAAAAGGAUUGCAAACACAGCGAUCCAAAAAUCAGAGGAUUCGCACUCAGAAAUCUUUGCUCCUUGAGAUUCAGUGGUGCCAUCGAGUACUUGAUGCCAGCCAUCAGAGAAUCCCUUUCUGACAUAGAUCCCUAUGUUAGAAAAACAGCCAUCAUGGGAUGCGUCAAAGUUUACUACAUGCAACCAGAUUACCUCAGCAACAUAGAAGAACAGUUGUAUAAGAUGAUAAGUGACAACGAUCCCUUGGUCAUUAUCAAUGCAAUCCAUGCACUCAAUGAAAUAUUGGCAGAAGAGGGAGGAAUGGCCCUAUCCAAAAAAUUAGUAGAUUAUCUCUUGGGCAGAUUGAAAGAAUUCAACGAAUGGGGACAAGCCACCAUCUUGGAUGAAUUGUCCAAAUACCAACCCAAAGAUGACAAAGAGAUGUUCAACAUUAUGAAUCUCCUAGAAGAGAGACUCAAACAUUCCUGUUCUGCCAUUGUGUUAGCAGUCAUCAAAGUCUUCAUGAAUUUCACCAAAAACAAACCUCAAGUUUACGAAUAAGUCAUUACUAGAGUCAAAGCUCCCCUUGUUACUUUGGCAUCUAUUAGUGAAGGCAAUCUAGAAAUUAUGUACACCAUUCUGUGUCACAUUAAGUUCAUUGCCUCCAAAGGAUACAAUUAAGUAUUUGCUUAAGAUUAUAAAUGCUUCUAUUGUAGAGUUGAUGAACCCACAUACAUCAAAUUAAUUAAACUUGAAAUAUUGGCUCUGAUUGCCUGUGAUUUCAACCUAGGAGAUAUGCUGAAUGAAUUAGGGGAAUAUGUCACUGAUGUCGAUUAGGAAAUUUCCAAGAAAUCCAUACAAGCAUUGGGUGCCAUUGCCCUUAGAUUACCUGAUCUAGCAAAUGCCAUCGUUAAACAAUUGUCCUCUUUCAUUACUUUACAAGACUACAUUACAAAUGAAGUCAUAAUUGUAUUUAAGGAUAUUCUCAGAAAAGAUCCAAAACACAUCAAGGAUUGUCUGGAGAUUAUUUAAUCAGACAGUGUCACAGAUCAAAACUCAAAAAUAGCAUUAAUCUACAUCUUGGGACAAUUUGGAUCUCAGAUUCCUCUGGCUCCCUACAUUCUAUAAACAUUCAUUGGAGCAGCAGAAUCAGUUGAACUUAAACAUACCUUAUUGACUGCUUGUCUCAAGGUGUUCUUUUGCAGAGCACCAGAAAUGCAGGAAAUUUUGGGCAAACUAUUUUACAACAUAAUGAACAAUGAGAAUGAAGACAUUGAUUUACAAGAUCGUGCUGCUUUCUAUUAUAGAGCAUUGUAAAACAAUCCCAUUGAACUUAAAAAGUUGUGGCAAAAUAGUAUUAAAGUGGAUAAAUUCUUGGAGGAAUAAAAUAUCAACAAGGAAGCCUUACUCUUUGAAUUUAAUUCUCUCUCUGUCGUCUAUGAAAAGAGUGUCAGCAAGUUCAUCAAACCAGCUGAGUAUUUUAAUAAUCUUAGGAAUAAAGAAAUGCAAGAUCAAAUUCAAGAAGUACAACAAACCACUGAAAAACCAGAGCCAGUUCAAGAUGGAUUUGAAAACGAUCAAGAUAUAAUUAUUACAAAUCCAACUAUUGAAAAAAAUGCUCCAAAUUUACUUGAAAUUACUGAAUAACCUAAACAAUAAUUAGUUGUUGAUAACUUUGUACUUGACUAUAGAAUUGAUGUUGAAUAUUUUGAAAGCAUGUGGACAAGCUUAAAUAAUGGAGCUUCCAUCACUAGAACACUGGCUAGAAAUGAUAUUGCAAAUGAAAAUGCCAUGGAGUAGCUAUUUAAUCGUUUUAGAUUGUAUAAUAUCGCAGCUGGAGAAGAAGAUAAUGUACUUUAGAUGUAUUUUUAUGGAGCACACAAAUGUUAAGUGUUUUUUGAAUUCGAAAUCAAUAAAAAUUUGAGCACUGUCAUACUAAAUACAAGAUCAGAAUUAGAAGAUUAUGCUUACUUAGGAUAGAAAUACGUUGAAGAUUUCCUUAAAUAAUCAAAUUUAAUUAGUUGAUAUUAAUAUUCAAUUAACAUUAACAUUUAAUAUACAUUCAAAUAA